CUCGUUAUAAUAGUGUAGAAAAAAACCCUAGGGUUACAAACAAGGGUUUUAGGAGUUAGAGCCGAAGAAAGAAACGGUGGCCGGUCGGCUCCGCUGCCCCUUUCUCUCCCUCGAUCGAAAAUCAUGGCGACUCAGAUGAGCAAGAAGCGAAAGUUCGUGGCGGAUGGAGUUUUCUUCGCGGAGUUGAAUGAGGUGCUUACCAGAGAGCUCGCGGAGGAUGGGUACUCCGGCGUCGAGGUUAGGGUGACCCCUAUGAGAACCGAGAUCAUCAUCAGGGCCACUCGGACCCAGAACGUACUCGGUGAGAAGGGGAGAAGGAUUAGGGAAUUGACUUCAGUGGUCCAGAAAAGAUUCAAUUUUCCGGAGAACAGCGUCGAGCUGUAUGCCGAGAAGGUUAACAAUCGGGGGCUCUGUGCUAUUGCGCAGGCUGAGUCCCUUCGGUACAAGCUCCUUGGAGGCCUCGCUGUUCGGAGGGCAUGCUAUGGUGUUCUGAGAUUUAUCAUGGAGAGUGGUGCCAAGGGAUGUGAGGUGAUUGUAAGUGGAAAGCUUCGGGCACAACGUGCUAAAUCCAUGAAGUUCAAGGAUGGGUAUAUGAUUUCUUCUGGUCAGCCUGUUAAUGAAUAUAUUGACUCGGCAGUGAGACAUGUUCUUCUGAGACAGGGUGUUCUUGGGAUCAAGGUCAAGAUUAUGCUGGAUUGGGAUCCAAAGGGCAAGCAGGGUCCUACAACACCACUGCCAGAUCUGGUCACCAUUCACACUCCGAAGGAUGAGGAUGAGUACUUGAGGCCACCUGCAAUGAUAGCCACAGAGAUAGAUGUCCCAGCGGCUUAAAUUAGCUGGGUAUUCAUAUGGGAGCAUCGGGUGUUUAACUAGUCUAAAUAGUAAUUUUUUUUCCUUUUUGGUUUUGAUGAUGUUCUAAAGAGGAGUUUGCUUGUUCUGUCAAAUAGUGAGGUAUAAUUUCUUUCAUACGUAAUGAUGUGCUUGUUUUAUCCUGACUUGAUCCAAGACACAUCUUCCCUUUUUUUAUCUGUGUGCGACUUAAUAUGUUUGUGGAACAUUUUUAGUUAGGAUUAUCUGAAGUUGGAUGACAUCUGCUUUGGAUUCA